AUGCUGUACAAAAACCUCUUGCUUGCUUUGGUUCUCUCGUCCGGGUUUCUCGAUGUAGUUGUUGGUGCGGAUCUCCGAGCUCGUCAGAAUGGUGGCCAGGCUGAAGUCGCUGCCCAAGGUGGUGGAGAUGACCAACGCCAGGCCGGACAGGGUCAAGAUGGCCAGCCCCAAGCCGGACAAGGUCAAGAUGGCCAACCCCAAGCCGGGCAAGGUCAAGAUGACCAGGCCGCGCAAGGUCAAGAAGUUCAGGCGCAGGGUGGGCAGGGUUUCCGAUUCGGGCAAGGUUUCCGAUUCGGGCAACGUUUCCCAUUCGGACGAGGUAGAGGUGGUCGGCGCCAGGGCGGACAAGGUGGCCGCGGUAACCAAGGUCAGCGGCAAAACGGUGGAAACAACGGUGGAAACAAUGGCGGGAACAACGGCGGAAACAAUGGCGGGAACAACGGCGGGAACAACGGCGGGAACAAUGGCGGGAACAAUAAUCAGCUUCUACUCAGCCAGAACAACGUCCAGGAGGCUAGCAAGAGCGACGGAGCCGCCAAUGCCGAAGCAGGACAAUCUGCCUCUCUCACUGAUGAUGCCAACUUUAUCAAUUUCUGCACUGGCAAGACAUUGACCAACGGUCUUCAACUGGAUGGUGGUUCUUGCAAUGGCAUUGUUAUGGGCGAUAUCCCUUCCCGCAGCAAUAUGAUUUCCGCCAUUAUUUUAAACCCUUCGAACGGUGAAGACCUCCAAGAAAAUCAGAGUUUCAAUGUCGACGUUCAAGUUGACAAUCUCGUGGCUGGCUCGUUCACCAACCCUGAUGUCACUUACUACUCGGCUCCGCAGCAACUAGUUGGAGGGAAGGUCCAGGGGCACAGUCACGUCACUAUCCAAAGUCUUGGAAAUAAUAUCAAGGCGCAGAACCCGCCAGACCCCGACAAUUUCGUUUUCUUCAAGGGCAUCAAUGAUCCCGGUAACGGGCAGGGUGGACUCAGAGCUCAGGUUGACGGCGGCCUCCCCGCUGGCGUCUACCGUCUCUGUACUAUUAAUUCAGCCAGUAACCACCAGCCCGUAAUCAUGCCUGUUGCUCAACGUGGUGCCCAAGAUGAUUGUAUACGCUUUACUGUGGGUCAAGGGAACAACAACAAUAACAAUAAUAAUGGUCAAAAUAACGGUCAGAACGACGGUCAGAACGACGGUCAGAACGACGGCCAGAACAACGGCCAGAAUAACCAGGUCUCAGAUUUAGCCCCGGGACCUACGCUCUGA